UUUCUCUAUCUGGGUCUUGCCAAAGUUCAAGGUCAACUUGCCCCCACUCAAAGGCACCAAAAACUCAUACCACAUCUCUGAUGAUGGUUAGUAAUGUUGUCAUGUAAAGUAAUGUUUUCAUUUUUUUUCUACAGUUAAUGGGAUAUACAUAUCUAAAACAUACUCAGUGUCUUUUUAUUUGUCUGCGUCUGAGUUUUCCUCACAUUUCAUGGCCUGUACGUGAUUGUGCGGAUCUUGCAGCAGAAGGCGUGUCUGGAGAGGGAGUAGCUGAAUUUGCCUUGGGGAGCUCAUAAACCCCAGCAUUUCUCAUAGGUGACUGUACCAUGUGACUCCUAAACGAGGUGCUUUAAAGAGAGGCCCGACCUGUUGAGAGGCAUCACAGGUAAUCAUAGGUCUUCAGAGCAGUGUGAGAAAGCACCAUCCAGACUCUUAUACAAGAGAUCGAUGACACUGGAAACAGUCUGCAGGUUCUCCAUGGCGAGCAGAGGAAGCUUCACCAGCUCCGAGUUCUCCGAAGAGGAACUGGAUGGGAGUCUUCAAGGGUCAGACGAGCUGGACAGCAGCGAUGGCAGCAGCCCGACAGGCUGUUACCACAACAGCACCCUAAGCGAGCCGGAGGAGAGACAGAGCAAGAAACGCUGCAGACCGGUGCGCUCCAAAGCACGCAGAGUGGCGGCCAACGUGAGAGAGAGGAAACGCAUCAUGGAUUAUAACCAGGCCUUCAACGCGCUCCGGGUGGCUUUGCAUCACGACCUGAGCGGAAAACGGCUGUCGAAGAUCGCCACGCUCCAGAGAGCCAUCAAUCGAAUCUCUGCUUUGUCCGUCUUCCUCACCAACAACCCACCUGCAACUACAGGGAAGCCCUGCAGCCACCUUGAGUGUCACGGUCAGCCUGGCGGCUUGUGGCCGGAGACGGAGCCGUCGCCUCCUGUCCGCCUUGAAUCCCAGAACUUCCUCUCCUGGCAUCAGCCACUCGCCCACCAUAUACAAAACCCCUUGCACAGACUGUCCUCCGAGCAACACGUUUUUACAGGCCCUGCUUGUCCGCCGUCCCCUCACUACCCGUGUUUCUCACCCGACGCCCAACUUUACACACCUAGCAGUGUGGCAAACCCACCCAGGUACGGACGGAUAGGUGAUGUCGGGACGUAUCAGCCAGGAGUUUGGGGGUCUUGUGGCCCAAAUCAUAUAGACAAUUAUGGGGAAACACUCCAGACGCUGCCUCUGCCCUGGCACAUGGGCUACCUACAGGACGCUGGGCCUCAGCACUGCCACAACACACUGUGAUACACACUCAUGCACCAGCACAAGAACUCUUAAGACUAUCAUGGGCAAAAGUGAGAGCGAAAACUGGGAUCAUCACUGCCAACACCUGUAAACAGGUGCAUUUCUGUGGUUACUGUUUGGAAACACUGUACAUAUUUUAAAUAUUAUUAAUUAAUGUUAAUUGCAUUAAGAGAAAAUUAUAUAUAUAAUGAAAAAUGAAUUUUGUAACUACUGCAAAAGUACUGCAUUAGUAAACAGAACAAAGAAAAGUUUGUAAAAAAAAAACUGUUAAUUGAAACAUUUGCAUUUCACUUUUGUAAUAAAAUAUGCAAAAUAGUAACACACUGACUUUUUCAUAUUGAGGUCAAGCAUUUAGAAUAUUUCUGUGUUUACGUACAUAGCAGUUAUGUGUGUUUGUGUGCAUGCAGAGACAAAGUGUCUGUUCCCUUCUACUGGAAAAUGGAGCUUUGAUCUUGAACAAACUGCUCAUUCUUUUCAUAACAGGAUGUAAAGACAUU